ACCAGCCCCUCCGCGCGUUCCCUUCGCGUGCCACGAAACCGAGACAUCUCCCGCGGUGACGGCGUGAUAAGUGGAGAGCCCGCACGCUCCCAGCCCGGGAAAGCCCGGGCGACGCCACUGCAAGCCAGGGUCCCUCGGAGCCGUCAGGACGCGCCGGGCUCCUCGCCCUCCUCCCCAUUCCGGGAGGGAUCCCCCCGCUGCCGGCAACUCUGGGUCUCUCCCCGGCGUAGCGCAGAGCCCGCGCUCCCGGCCCAGGGUUUCUAGGGGGCUUUUGGUGGGAUUUUCACUGUUCCUUAAAUCAGCGCGGAGGAACCCCUCCCCAGGGCUCCUCACCCUGGCCCCAGCCCCCCUCCCCCCGAAACCUCGCGCUCCAGAUGCGCUGCGGGGCAGCUCCCUGACUGCUGCGAGCCGACGAGCCCCAGCAGGCGGGCGGCGGCGGCCGACUGACAUGACCCGGACGCGGCUCCGGCCAGCGGGCAGCCCGCGGGGGUGAUGAGCCGCUGCCGCCGGUGAGGAGGCCCGGCGGCGAGGGCAUCGCGCACCUCCCUCACCCCUCUACCCCCAUUUCCCCACUCCGCUCGGGAGACCGAGAGGAAACGGUCUCGGGCCUGUCAGGAGGACCAUUGGUGCUGUGGUGGAAGCCAGCGUCUAAAUCUUGUGUAUGGCGUGGUUAAGGUUGCAGCCUCUCACCUCUGCCUUCCUCCAUUUUGGGCUGGUUACUUUUGUGCUCUUCCUGAAUGGUCUUCAGGCAGAGGCUGGUAGCUCAGGGGAUGUGCCCAGCACAGGGCAGAACAAUGAGUCCUGUUCAGGGUCAUCGGACUGCAAGGAAGGUGUCAUCCUACCGAUCUGGUACCCAGAGAACCCUUCUCUUGGGGACAAGAUUGCCAGGGUUAUUGUCUAUUUUGUGGCCCUGAUAUACAUGUUCCUUGGGGUGUCCAUCAUUGCUGACCGCUUCAUGGCAUCUAUUGAAGUCAUUACCUCUCAAGAACGGGAGGUGAUUAUCAAAAAGCCCAAUGGAGAGACCAGCACAACCACAAUUAGGGUCUGGAAUGAAACUGUCUCCAACCUCACCCUUAUGGCUCUGGGUUCCUCUGCUCCUGAGAUCCUCCUUUCUUUAAUUGAGGUAUGUGGUCAUGGGUUCAUUGCUGGUGACCUGGGACCUUCUACCAUUGUAGGCAGUGCAGCCUUCAACAUGUUCAUCAUCAUUGGCAUCUGCGUCUACGUGAUCCCUGAUGGAGAGACACGAAAGAUCAAGCACUUACGAGUCUUCUUUGUCACUGCUGCUUGGAGCAUCUUUGCCUACAUCUGGCUGUACAUGAUCCUGGCAGUCUUCUCUCCUGGUGUGGUCCAGGUUUGGGAAGGCCUCCUCACCCUUUUCUUCUUUCCAGUGUGUGUUCUUCUGGCCUGGUUGGCAGAUAAGCGACUGCUAUUCUACAAAUACACGCACAAAAAGUACCGCACAGAUAAACACCGAGGAAUUAUCAUAGAGACAGAGGGUGACCACCCCAAGGGCAUUGAGAUGGAUGGGAAAAUGAUGAAUUCCCACUUCCUAGAUGGGAACCUGGUGCCCCUGGAAGGGAAAGAAGUAGAUGAGUCCCGCAGGGAGAUGAUCCGAAUUCUUAAGGAUCUGAAGCAAAAACACCCAGAAAAGGACUUAGAUCAGCUGGUGGAGAUGGCCAAUUAUUAUGCUCUUUCCCACCAACAGAAGAGCCGCGCCUUCUACCGGAUCCAAGCCACCCGUAUGAUGACGGGCGCAGGUAAUAUCCUGAAAAAACAUGCAUCAGAACAAGCCAAGAAGUCCUCCAGCAUGAAUGAGUUGCAUACUGAUGAUCCUGAGGACUUUGUCUCCAAGGUCUUCUUUGACCCAUGUUCUUACCAGUGCCUAGAGAACUGUGGGGCUGUACUUCUGACAGUGGUAAGGAAAGGUGGAGACACAUCCAAGACUAUGUAUGUGGACUACAAAACAGAGGAUGGUUCUGCCAAUGCAGGGGCUGACUAUGAGUUCACAGAGGGCACUGUGGUUCUAAAGCCAGGGGAAACCCAGAAAGAGUUCUCUGUGGGCAUCAUUGAUGAUGACAUUUUUGAGGAGGAUGAACACUUCUUUGUGAGGUUGAGCAAUGUCCGCAUGGAGGAAGAGCAGCCAGAGGAGGGGAUGCCUCCAGCAAUACUGAACAAUCUUCCCCUGCCUCGGGCUGUUCUAGCGUCCCCUUGUGUGGCCACAGUCACCAUCUUGGAUGAUGAUCAUGCAGGCAUCUUCACUUUUGAAUGUGAUACUAUUCAUGUCAGUGAAAGUAUUGGUGUCAUGGAGGUCAAAGUGCUUCGGACAUCAGGUGCACGGGGCACAGUCAUCAUCCCCUUUAGGACAGUAGAAGGGACAGCCAAGGGUGGUGGUGAGGACUUUGAAGACACAUAUGGGGAGUUGGAAUUCAAGAAUGAUGAAACUGUGAAAACCGUAAGGGUUAACAUAGUAGAUGAGGAGGAAUACGAAAGGCAAGAGAAUUUCUUCAUUUCCCUUGGUGAACCGAAAUGGAUGGAACGUGGAAUAUCAGCGCUCCUGUUGUCUCCAGAGGUGAUGGACAGGAAGCUGACUGUGGAGGAGGAGGAAGCCAAGAGGAUAGCAGAGAUGGGAAAGCCAGUAUUGGGUGAACACCCCAAACUAGAGGUCAUCAUUGAAGAGUCAUAUGAGUUCAAGAGUACAGUGGACAAACUGAUCAGGAAGACAAACCUGGCCUUGGUUGUGGGGACCCAUUCCUGGAGGGACCAGUUCAUGGAGGCCAUCACUGUCAGUGCAGCAGGGGAUGAGGAUGAGGAUGAGUCAGGUGAGGAGAGACUGCCAUCCUGCUUUGACUAUGUCAUGCACUUCCUGACGGUCUUCUGGAAGGUGCUGUUCGCCUGUGUGCCCCCUACGGAGUACUGCCACGGUUGGGCCUGCUUCGUCGUCUCCAUUCUCAUCAUCGGCAUGCUCACCGCCAUCAUCGGGGACCUGGCCUCCCACUUUGGCUGCACCAUUGGCCUCAAAGACUCUGUCACAGCUGUUGUUUUCGUGGCAUUUGGUACCUCUGUGCCAGAUACGUUUGCCAGCAAAGCGGCCGCCAUCCAGGACGUGUAUGCAGAUGCCUCCAUUGGCAACGUCACCGGUAGCAAUGCAGUCAACGUCUUCCUGGGCAUUGGCCUGGCCUGGUCCGUGGCCGCCAUCUACUGGGCCCUGCAGGGACAGGAGUUCCACGUGUCAGCUGGCACCCUGGCCUUCUCUGUCACCCUCUUCACCAUCUUUGCGUUCGUCUGCAUCAGCGUGCUCUUGUAUCGACGGAGGCCUCACCUGGGUGGGGAGCUCGGUGGCCCUCACAGCUGCAAGCUCGCCACGACUUGGCUCUUUGUGAGCCUGUGGCUCCUCUACAUACUCUUUGCCACACUGGAGGCCUAUUGCUACAUCAAGGGGUUCUGAGCCACAGAGCAAGACCUCGAGCUGGCAGGUCUAGGACUUCUCCUAAGAGAUGGCACCUCCCCACCAGUGACCUCUCCAGGAUCAGCAGCCGUGCAGCAUCAGGACCCAUGCCCCAGGAACUUCACCUGACCUAGGCCCUGGCAGUGAACUAACUGAAAGGGCAACGUCUUAAUCAAUCAAACAGAAUGGAGGAAACACCCACCUUACCCAGUAUUUAAUUAAAUACAAACCAACGGCAGCAACAAAUCCACCUCCGCCCCAUCUUCUGCCCAUGUCCCCAGCCCAUAGCAAAGGUCAGACCCUUUCAUCACCUUCUGUUCCAUCUUAUUCUGGUUAUUUCUUUGCUUCUAGUUUCCUUAGGGGCAGGGUUUCUCCUGUCUGUCCAAUUUGAUACAUGACUGUUCUCUCACUUAGCUGACAAGGCAUGAAAAUGAGUCAUUUCCAUGAAGCUGGUUUGAGAUUCUCUUUUCAUUGUAAGCAUUAGUGUGGUUGCUUUCAUUUGCCAUCAGGUUUUGUUUACUGUUUUUUGUUUUGUUUUGUAUUGUUUUGUCUUUUCUUUCUGAAAUUAAUGAUAAAAGUGAUGUGAAGGAUCUCAAGGUCUGAGCUGACGGAUAGAGGCACACAUUGUCAGACAAACACCCUCUCACUCUCACUGGGUGUAAGAGCUGUCUCUUGGCUCCAUCAGGGUCCUGUCCCCCAUUUCCUCUUUUCUCUGAAUCCCUUUGAGGAUGGUUGGCACUUGGGUGGAAGGAAGUUUGCACACCCACACAGGGCACCAAAGAGCCAGAGUGGCAGCUGGAGCAGAAGCUUUAGAUGCCUACAUGAAAAUCAAGUCAAAAACACAAAGUGAUUGUUCUCUUCCUUGCCCAAGCUUUCACAUUCUGGAUGUCUCAUUGUGUCAGUAUCUCUAUGUUUACACCCUCCUGUAGGAAGACCCACCACGCGGGAGAUGUGGGGGCAAAAAUUGGAAUGGUAUGGGAUGACAAAGGGGAGCUGGCAGAAACAAAAUAUGCCUUCUUGAGUAUCAUUGGCUUUGUGUCUGAGGCAGGAGAGGAGAGAUGUCCAACUAGUGAGAUCUUUAAGGGGAACAAUGAUAAUUUAAAAUGUCAUUGCUUCUGAGAAAUGUCAGUGUCACCACCCACUCACUUCCCAAUGCACCACACCAAGAGGGCUGACUACAUUUCUUGAAGUAAUACAAAAACUUAAAGAUUUAUUUUUAAAAAACACAAAGGGGUCCUUCUAUCUCUCCUGGAGCCUCAGGUCACAUUUGAAAGCAUUUUCACAAGAUAGGAACUGGAAUUUUUCAUUUCUCCCAUGUUCCUGCUGGUUUUUAAACCUCAUGAAGCUCUUUUUUCCAGCCUGUAGGGUAUUUCUUGUCCUGGUAAGAGGAGGCUUAGUUGCCAUAAUCCCACAGAGCCCAGGUUUAUAGAAAAGGGGAUUUUCAUACCCUACAGACCCUCCUUUCUCAACAAAUUUUGAGAGAGCCUGGCUUUAAAACAUACACACACAAAUAAACACACAUACAAAAUCACCACAAAACUGCCCACAGAUCUGUAGGCUUUCUGCAUUGACAUAAAUACAUUUUUUAAGGGAAAAAUGAAAUAAAAAAAACACCUGUUUAAUUUUAAACACAUUUUUUAAGAAAAAAUAACUGAAAAAGAAACAAUGCUCAUGUCAUAAGCUAUUUUGACAGUUGCCAGUGGAAAUGUUGGAUUGGUUUUAAAAAAUAAAAUAAAAAAGAUAUAUUGAUAUCUCUCUAAAUAUA